GCGGGGCUUAGCCUGCUGAGCCACCGUCUGAUUGGUGGGUGGUGAUGAUUGCAACCGGCGGCCUCCUGCGGAUCAAUGCACGGCGACAGGACUCACUGAAGUCCAAAACACACAAAGCACACACACACAAGAGGAAGACCAAGAAGAAGAGGAGGAGUGAGGUGGUGGUAGUGAAGGGGAAGUUGAAGCUGUUUUCAGUCUCGGGUCUCGUGGCGGCUCUCGGCAUCCUGGUUCUGCUGGUGGGCGUGGUCAUGGCAGCUCUGGGUUACUGGCCUCGAGACGGGCUGUUCUUCAGUACUCGGCCACAAGAGGGCGCCACCAUGGCCUCAGUGUCCUCUGGCGGCUCUACACCUGCACCUGCUGACGGAGGAGGGACGGGGGAGGAUCUGGAAGGAGAUAAAGCAGACAGCAAAGGUGGAGGUAGAGGAGAUGAAGGAGGAGACAGCGGUGAUGAAGAGGGAGGAGGUGAUGAUGUUUUUAACCGGACAGAAACCAUCAACGGGACCCAACAGCUUCCACAAGGCUUUCUGGAGGAUUUUCUGGACAGGUAUCUGUACUCUGAUAGGCUGAAGGUCUUUGGUCCUCUCAUCAUGGGCAUUGGGAUUUUCCUGUUCAUCUGUGCAAACGCCGUCCUGCAUGAGAACCGUGACAAGAAGACCAAAAUUAUCAACCUGCGGGACAUUUACUCCACCGUCAUCGACCUCCACAGCCUCCGAAAACCCAACGCCUCCUCCACCCACCGCUCCUCCACCAAUCCCCUCAACGGCCUUGUUAACUACGUCCAAUCAAAGAGCCUGGAAACCAAACCCAGGGCAUACCCCGCCUCCCUGAUGAACAGGAAGGAGGGAGGGGGUGGAGGAGGAGAAGGAGGAGGUGGGCCGUUGUCUCGUCAACCAUUUCCCGACAGCAGCAGCAGAGCAGGAGGAGGAGGUGGUGGCUGUGAUGGAGAAGGAGGAGACACAGUGUUCAGUAUCUACCAAGAGCAGCCAAACACUCAUCCUCCUCCCCCCUCCUCCUCACAUAGACUCUCCCUCCCCCCCAGCUUCAGCCCCCCUCACCUCUCCACCUGCUGGAUCUCCCCACAGAAGGACACGCUCAGCACCUUCACCUUACCCCUGCGUCGGCCACAACCCCCUGCUCCACACAGGAGGCAUUCAGCUCGGGCGAGGACAGGCUGGGGCUGGGAGGGGGGCACGAAAGGACAGAAGGAGCAUAAGAGGGAUGGGGGAGGCCACAGACAGGAGGAGGAGGAGGAGAUGUAUACAUGUGCACCACCUCCUCUGUGCUCCUCAACUCCUCCCCUGCUCACAGCCCUCCAGGGUUCAUCAGCAGCUUCCUGCAGCUCCUCCAGUGUCCACAGGGAGGCACCAGGAGGCUCCCAGGCCCUGCUCCUCUCCUCCUCACACCUUUCACUCUCCUCCCUCUCUCACCUGCUGUCCUCCUCCUCGUCCACACCGGCUCCCUCCUGCAGGAGGCGAAGCCUGCCAACCUCCAGCAGCACGACGGGUUACAGCAAACUGCCGCACAGAGAGGACGAAUCGUUUGAGUCGACUGAGGUCACAACAUCACACCAUGUGACAUCACAAGGCACGGAAGUGACGUCACACAGGAAGUACUCCAACAGGGAGAAGCUGAGGAUGAUCUCCCAGGUGGAUUCUGGUCUGAGGCAGGAGGAGGAGGGCUGAGGAAAUGGGACGACCAAUCAGGAGCUGACUUAAUGAUUGACAGCACAAAUCUGAAGUCACAGGACUUUUUAAUGACAUCAGCAUCACAUCAGGAAGGACUGGAAACAGGAAGGAAACAGGAAGGAAAAUAAAGAGGAAGGACGCAUUUACAACAUGAAACUUUAUGUCCAUUGAAACUGUGAAUCGUGCUGAAGGAUGAGUAAAGGAAGUGGUGGAAUCGAGGUGGAAGUGGUCGUUGUAGCAAUAAGGAAGUCUUCCAGCACAACAUUAAAUGAAGCAUUAAUCAGCUCGUUAACUGACUGCCUGCUUAUUAAAAAGACGUGGGAAUGUUUUUAUACCAAAUCAUCACAUGUUGAUGUGCCCUACAAUUAUGUUGUAUCAUGUUUCAUCUGUUUACAUGGAGGUUCCCAAACUGGGGAAAGGGGCCAGAGGAUGAGUAGAUCAUGUCAACACUUGAAUUCUUCUGUACCUUGACAAGAAUUUGUUUUUAUUCAAAUGAAUAAACUGUGACCCCAAAAUGCUUACGAUCAUUCCAUCAGUUCAAUAUCAUAUAAUAUAUAAACAUAUGUUUGGGCCAUGAUUUCCAUCAGCAUGUAACUGUAAACAAUAAAUACAAAUAUGGUUGAAGUGGAGCAGUUUCAACGUCCUCCUGAAGUGAAAGUUGUAGCUACACAACGUCUUCCACUGAAAACUGAACCUGCUUCAACUGAACAGCACAACGGCCAAUCAGACGAUGAGAGUCCAUCUGCUCUGUCUGGUUGGCUUGAACUGUAAAAUGUUCAUC